UGUACAGUUGGUUGGGCGGAAAAUUCGUUUUAGUCACAAUCUCUAUCGGUGUCGGCACAUUGAUUGCCUAUAAAACAAUUGUCAGCGCAAUAAAGCGUAAAAGGAUCGAAAAAAAAUACAAUGGAGAGGUGCUGGACUUAAUGAUAUUCAACGAAUUGAGCGAGUGUUGUGCCCGUAAUUACAAUGCUACGCCAUGCGAGAACGAAAACUGCAUGCACCGCAACAUACAAAAUGUGAUAAAAUACAUUGAUGAGGCUAAAUAUACCAUUGACUUUGCGAUGUACACAUUUACUGUAAUUGGUAUCAUGAAUGCAUUAAUUGAAGCUUAUAAACGUGGUGUCAACAUCCGGAUAAUUACGGAUAAUGAAAUGCUCUGCUCAUCGGGCGGAAAGAUGUCAUAUUUGGAAACCGAGCUACCGAUCGAUAUUCGUGUGCCGCAAUUAAAAACUGUAAUGAUGCAUCACAAGUUCAUGGUGAUCGAUGGUCAUAGAGGCGUGUAUGACACCGUCGGAAAAAUUCCUCCACCCUUUAAGGUUGAGCCGUACCGCCCCCUGGUACUUACUGGUUCCGUGAAUUGGACUAUGCAAGGCUUCGGUGGAAACUGGGAAAACUGCUUGGUUACUACAGAUAUCGUUACUGUAACUAAAUUGGAAGAGGAGUUCUAUCGAAUGUGGGAUGUUUCUAAUAGCAUUUGAUUAAACGUGAUACAUUUUAAUUUUAUUACUCACAUAAACAUAUUACUCAUACUGUUUAAACUAAAUCCUUGGGGGAUUACUUAAUAUAAAACAUUACUAACUA